AAACAUUUUAAAAAAAUAUUCAACAUUUUUGAACCAAUUAAUAAGCUCACAUCAGUUGAUUUUUGUGUUUCUAUUUUCACGAAGUACUCUGAGAUCAAACUGCAGCGGCGUCAUUUGUCCAGCAGGUGGCAAUAAAGCACUUUUUAUUGAACUGGCUGCUGCUUUAACACUGAAGAAGAUCCGUUCUCGGUGGCGGAAGCAUGGCGCGGGUUUUGUGCGGGGAUGCCUUCCUCCGCUGCGGGCUCUGGAGGUAACAGCAGUGAGCAAGCGUCGAUCUAGUGGAGGAGCUCACAAUGGAGGACGGCUUUAGCCGGAGAGAGGCUUGCCCGAUGAGCAGAGUGUCGGCUGCCGCGGACUUUAGCUACCGGGACUGCGAGCUGCUCAGUUCGACCCCUGGCCGAGGAGGCUACCCUGCCGUGGCCAGGCUGAGCUCUGCGGCCGCGGGGAAGAUCAUGGAGCGGAGGAAAUCGGCACCGCAACUGGUCCACCAGCGACAUAUGCCGAGUGAGCCCAAGAAGUUCCACAUACCGAGGAAAACCAAAGAGAAAAAGGCUCUGUUCCAGUUCGUCUCCACCGAGUCCAGGGAGUAUGAGGACAUGAAGACCAUCCUGACGUCCGGCUACAUCGACAGCAACUCUUCAGGUUGCUUCACUUACAGCAACCCUCGGCUCGUCCACAGCGAGCUGCUGGAGAAGGAAUUCGCGGAAAAACGGAGAGAGAUGAAAGCAGACGGAAGGACGGAUAAGGAGCUGGAGGAGAGCUACUGCUUCCUGAUGACUAAUUCAGUCAAGCUGCCUGUUCUCUGUGAGAAGGGACUAACUGUCGGUCGGAGCAAAAACACGGUGCUGGGAAACCCGAGUAAAGGUAGGAGACAUGAAUUAAUCUAAAGUUUACUGUAAUACAGCUGAUUGUGGUUCUUGAGGGAAUGUUAAAACUUCGCUCCAUGAAGUGUAUUAACUCAAAAUCAGCCCUCACAAUAAACCGUCCUUAUUGACGUCACGUCUUUUUUCUAUCCUGUUGCAUUUUUAUCUGCGUUAUCCUCGCUUUACACACCAGUAAUUUUUGGUUGAGAAGUUGAGCCUUAUCCGCCAUGAAUCAGCGCUAUUUACGGCGGAAACUUAGUGAGCUUGUCGAGUGCUUAUAUUU